AACCUUGCUUUCACGCGGACGCACUAGACCGACGGCGUGUGGGUGCGUGCGUGCGCGUGUGUGUCUGUACGGUUGUGGUACGGUUUUGCGAAAACGGCAUCUUUCUAUUACGCGCAUACACACAAGCACACACACACACACGCACAGGGAGCGAACACACGCGCACACAUUUACACCACCUAUUCACGAAUAUUCUGUGAAGCGUCCCGGUGUGACAGAGUGUUCGGUUUUUUUUUUUUAUUUCAGUGCGUUUAGCAACUUUUUUCCUUCCACUUUUGGAAAUGGUUGUUUUAUUCCCCUUUUUUGUUGCUGUGCCCCUUUGAUGACACGUUCUAUUUGUGUCCCGUUCCCGUGAUAGUGGUCUGAGCAAUAAAGAGUGUUGUGUUGAAUGCGUAGCGAUUGGCGUUGGCUUUGAAAAUGAACGCAGAGCGGUGGUGUGUAAAUAAAAGAAGCGUUUUUGGGCAGCUGGUGGAGGCGCAUGGUGGCUCGAACCGUUUAGUGUUUCGUUCGGUUCGUUUUUUCCCCCUGCCACCCCUGCCACUCUGAUAAGCUCACGUGUUUUUGUCCCGACAGCCCCGAAAGGUGUUUUGUUGGGGAAGGCGUUAUCAACAAGUAGACGGUUAAUGGUGGUGGAGUGUGUGUGUGUGCUUGUUAAUUUGGAGAAAUAAUAUUUAAAAAAACGUGUUAACCACCAGCCUUGUGACAGCUAAUUGCGAGUGUUGAAAACGAUAAAAAAUAUAAAGUGAAAUUUGUGUCUAAGCUGCUCUUCCCUUGAGGAAAAUCUACCACCAAAACCCUGCUAUAACCCUUUGGAAUACAGACCCAGCCGAGUGUAAAGACACAAACCAGUCCUACUCACCAAACGAUGUGCAGCACGAUGGGCAGCUUUGGUCGGUCCAGACGCAGGCCGACGCACCCACCGACACGAAGCGACAGCUUGCUGCUAUAGUAAUGGUACUGGCGGACAAUAACGUGUUCGAAGUGGACUAGUGAUAAUUAGAGUAGCGGUGUGCCGGUGUUUGCAGCUUCACGAACGGGGUUUUCAGUUCGCAGCCGAACCCUCAGGGAGUGAAGACCACCCAACGCAAAGUGUUUCGUCUGCUGACAAUGUGCUGCUCGAUUGUGAGAUUGGAUGCGCUCAAGCAGUAGGCUACCGAACGGCAAGUCUCAGCACUGUCAGCUACUCCCGGGAGCAUCGUUACGCUGUAAAUCUGAAUAAAAGCAUUACCAUAAGUCAAGCUGGUGCGGCAAGUGUGCUAGCAAAACCCAGCCAUCGUUGGUACAGCUUGGGAAAGUAGGAAGAAAAGCAGACAGAUCAGCAAUUGCUCGCAGUAGCAGCGAUAGCAGCGGUGGGGACAGAGUUGUAUCGCUGCCGUACGGGGACCCCGGCAUUACGACCCGGGAACGGAACAGUAUUUGCCGUCAGCCUGCUCAAGCUUGCCGUCAAAAUGUGGAACCGCCUCUCGCCGACCAAUUCCAAUAGACUGUUGCACGAUAAUGGUAAAGAUCAUUGCAAUAACCCUCCCAAACACAGCCAUAACACAUAGCGUAUCACUCUGGAAGGCCCGGAUCCGCCCUGGAUGCAAGGCCCCCUCAAGGUUGCGUUUCUGGGGGCCUCCGGCGUUGGACGCACCAGCAUCCUACAGCAAUUUUUCAAGCACGACUUUCCGAAGGACCACAUCCGCACCAGCAAGCGGACCGUCUACCGGAGCUGCCUGGUCUGUGAUACCUGCAUACGGGAGCUGAUGGUACUGGAUGUGCCACCGCAGAAGUACUUCCCGAUCGAUAAUCUGGCCGAGUGGAACAAUGGCAACCCGCUAGGGCUGCGCACGGUUCACACGUACGUGCUGGUGUACGACAUGGGGAAUCUGGACACCUUCCAGUACUGCCGCAAUAUGCGUGAUCAAAUUUUAGAAAGUUUCAAUCAUCGUGAUUUUAAGAUAAUGGUUGUGGGCAACAAGGUUGACAUGGUAUCUAACCCUCAUACUCAGGAACUGAAGGACAUUUCCACCCUCGUCCGGAAGCACUGGCGCUGUGGAUACGUUGAAUGUUCGGCAAAACACAACUACAAAAUUGGAGACAUUUUCAAGGAGAUGAUGGGAUACCCGGUGGGCGGCACGGCACCGAAGCUAGAGUUCUCGCAAUCGAUUGGUUCAAAAAAUCGUUGCACGAUACUCUAGUAGUAGCUGAACUGGAGGUUUCCUCCACGACGUCUGUCGAUUGCAGCUAAUGGAAGCGGGUAACCCCGGAAGAGAAGGCAUACGGCUAAAUCCAUCCAUGCGCUUGGCUUGCAGUUUCAAAGCGACGGUCCCCGCCAACUGGAAGGUGACCAGUCCCAGGCGUCCAGCAAACUUCGUCCAGCCAGGAAUGACCUACUCCAUCCCGGCGACAUUUCCACCGACUCCAAUGCCUCUUAUUGCGGAUUGAUUUAUUUUUUGCGCCCUAUACUAUUGUCCCGUUUUUCUCCCUCAACCGCCCAGGCUCUGAUGCAUGUGUGUGCAUGAAAGUGGCAGGGUGAAUGAAGGGAUUUUAACUGAAUCGGAAGUAAAGCCUAUUUCCCUCAUCAGAAACCAUCCACCAACUCCAACGGAUUAAAAGCAAAAACCUUUUUACUUUGUAGUGGAGAUGUCGUUUAAAAAAACUGUAAUUAACAAAGUGUACUAAAACAAACCAGGUAGUAGACCAGCCGGUGUAGACGGAUAUAUCAAGGAUAUUAGAGCACACAGUUACACACAGCACACCUAACCUCAAUGUAUUGGGCAGCCGCCAAUUAGGAACCACAACACUAGCCAUCCGAGUUAGCCAAACCAAUCCAAUCACCGUUAUCAUUAUCGUCAUCAUCGACUAGUAGACGACAUGUUUUACCCGCCCCGGUGUGUACAUACAAAAAAGGACCCACACGAUUUUUACGUGAUUUCAAAAGCGAUAGACAAUAACGGUUACCAUUACCAUUUACAUGGGUGGGCACGGGUGCUUCUGUAUGGGCAUCUCGAUAUUUCGGCGGCACGUAGAAAACACCCCUUUUGCCGUAGUAGUAGUAGUAGUAGUAGUAGUAGAUGCGUAUUAGUGGCCAUGUAUGUAUAAGCCAAACUGUGUGUGCGUGUGUGUGUGUAUGUUUGUACGUGUGAGUGUUUUUGCAUUUAACAUGUGUUCGACAGUGCACCAUAGUCGCUUUGCAGCUUUGUUUUUGUGCAGUAUAGAACGAGGACGAUUGCUUUGGACGAUGGGUUUGCUAAAGACGCUUCCGAAGUUACCGAGUUGUUGUUAGAAGCGUUCGAUGCGUAGUAGUUCCGUUAGCUGCCGUGCGACUGAAUCAGAGCGUUAGCUGAUCUGUUGAGGUUACUUAGUGCCGCCAGGACGGUGGGCAGUAGUCGUGCAUGUUUCGUUGUUAGCUCGAUUAGUUAGCUCGUUAAUGGACAGUGUUGUUAAGCGAGUAAUGGUUCAGGUGUAAACCGACUUAAGCAUGAUGAAGUACUCUGCACUGCUAUAGCUGUACAGGUUGUAGUUUGGUGUAUCAUUGACUGUAGGAAGGUGUGUGAUUGUUAAUUUACAGACAAAACAAUUCGUUUCAAGCUACUGUCUUGAGUUUCAUUCCAAAUAUAUAACACAUGCUUCAACGCUCCUCUUCUUAAAGGUGCCUGUGUAUGUGUACAAAUUCAACCAGCCCUAGAAAGUGAUAUCGUGAGUAAACCAUCCUCAGCCAAAAACAAAAAUCCACAGAAUAACAAGGAGAAAGCAUUACUCUAGCUAUCAUUUCUAUGUUUUAUGCGGUACAGCUGUAAAACU